AUGAAAGUCAUCUUCUUCAUCAUGUUUCUAUGUAUUUACAUUAUCACGGUGCUAGGAAAACUAACAAUUCUUCUUGUACUGAACAUGGACUCUGUGCUCAACACCCCGAUGUAGGUCUUCCUCGGGAUCUUGUCGUUUCUGGAGAUCUGCUACACCUCUGUCACCCUGCCCACAGUGCUGGUCAAUCUUCUCUCGAGUUAUACAUCAUGUCUUUUGCAGGUUAGAUGUCUUCUAUUCUUUGGGGCAACUGAGUGCUGCCUCUUAGCUGUCAUGUCAUACGACUGCUACCAAACCCUCUGCAUGAAUAAGAAGGCAUGCAUGCAGUUGGCUGCUUCCUCAUGGAUAUGUGUCAACCUUGUGGUACUUGGGCACAUUCCAUUUAUUUUCUCUUAGCCCUUCUGUGGCUCCAACGUGAUCAAAUAUUUCUUCUGUGAGAUCCAGCCAGUGCUGAUGCUGAUGUGUGUGGACACUUACUGGAAUGAACUACAGAUCAUUCUGGCUGCUGCCUUUGUUAUCGUGAUGCCUUUUCUGCUCAUUUUGGUGUCCUAUGGCCUCAUCGUUCCGUCCAUCCUCAAAAUCAGAUCUGCCAAAGGAAGGUAUAAGGCAUUCUCCGCUUGCUUCUCUCAUCUCACUGUAGUGACAUUAUUCUAUGGGACAGUUGUGUUCAUCUACAUACAUCCCAAAUGCAGCUAUUCUCUGGAUGUGGACAAGGUGCUCUCUCUGUUCUAUUCCGCAGUGACCCCUAUACUGAACCCUGUAAUCUACAGCCUUAGGAAUAGGGAGGUAAAAUGGGCUCUAUUAAAAAGAGAAUGA